AUAUUUAUUUUGUAAAACUUUUUGAAUUUUCAUUUUUAUUAUAUUAAUAAGUAAAAAUGCUUGAUUCUGUUAAACGUGUUAUAAUAGUGCUCUCCGGGAAGGGAGGCGUUGGAAAGUCAACAGUAAGCACACAGCUGGCUCUAACUUUAAAAGAAAGAGGUUAUAAGGUUGGGCUACUGGACGUAGAUUUAUGUGGGCCCAGCGUACCAUACAUUCUCAACUUGGAGAAUCAGAGUAUCCACCAAGGUCCUGAUGGCUGGAUCCCGGUAUACUUGGACAAAGAGCAGAGGUUAGGGGUGAUGUCAAUAGGCUUUUUACUCGGUUCCCGAAACGACGCCGUAGUGUGGAGAGGGCCAAAGAAAACUUCAAUGAUUAAGCAGUUUCUUGAAGAUGUAUGCUGGCAGGAUCUUGAUUUCCUCGUCAUUGAUACUCCUCCAGGAACAUCAGAUGAGCACAUAUCCGUGAUGGACACCCUCAGGCAGGUUCCACAAUGUGGUGCACUCAUAGUGACCACACCACAGGAAGUAGCCAUUGAGGAUGUACGCAAGGAGAUCACAUUCUGCAAAAGGACGCACAUUCCUAUACUGGGCAUUGUUGAAAAUAUGAGCGGAUAUGAAUGCCCAAACUGCAGUGAAUGCACAAACAUAUUCUCAAGCGGCGGUGGCCAGUCACUGGCUGAAAUGUACAAACUCCCCUUCAUGGGCAGUAUUCCUAUCGACCCAAGAGUCGGCAAGUUAGCUGGACAAGGCCUAGCUGCUAUCACAGAACUACCCGACUCUACCACAAGCAAAGUGUUCAAUGCACUCAUUGAUCAACUAGUUGAAACCAAAGAAGCUACGAAUUAAGACAACUACAAAAACGACGAAUCAUCAUGGAAAUAUUAUCAUGACGUCAUAUUUAGCUGUGUCAUGAUAACAGAAAUUAACCAGUUUUUAUAAUAGUCAUUUUGCCGCGGUUUCAACUGCGUUCCGUGGGAAGUACUGCCUGUAGUACUGGGGAUAAAGUGUAGCCUAUGUUACUCGCGGAUAAUAUAGUUUUCUGAUGGUGAAAUAUUUUUUUAAAUCGGUGCAAUAGUUUUUGAAUUUAUCCAAUACAAACAAAUAUACAAUUUUGUCCUGUUUAUAAUAUUAAGUAUGAAAAAAGGUGAUAGACAAAAAGUCAAGUAUUGCUCACUGUGCAAUUUAUUUUUAAGGGAAAUUGUUACAUAUUAUCAUUCCAGCAAAUAUUGGUGUAAAUAAAACUUCAGUAUCUUUA